AUGGGAGAAACAAAAGGUGAUGAGAAAAUGCUAGUGAAUGAAGAAGAAGAAGCACAAGCAAAGGUGGAUAUAUAUAAAUAUGUAUUUGGGUUUGUGAGCAUGGCAGUGGUGAAAUGUGCCAUUGAGCUGGGUUUACCUGACAUCUUAGAAAAACACAGAAAUCCCAUGACACUAUCAGAACUCUCUUCCACACUUGGAUGUGAACCUUCUCUUCUUUAUCGCCUGAUGCGUUUCCUAACAAAUGAACGAGUAUUCAGAGAAGAACGCACGAGCCAAGGAGACGUUGCUUACGCGCAAACAGCCUUGUCUCGACGUUUAUUGAGACUAGGGGAGAUGAGCAUGGUCGAUUUGAUUAUGUUCGAAAGCAACCCUUUUUCGCUGGCGUCCUGGGACGGUUUGAGGUACCGUGUCCUUGCUACUGCUAAUACUACAUUACUAUCGGAUGGUCCUCAUACUGAGGCCGCUGAUCCUGUUUACAACAGGCUUUUCAAUCAGGCAAUGGCCUGCAAUGCCAGAGCUACAAUGCCUGCAAUACUUAAAGAGUAUAAAGAGGUGUUCAAUGGAGUUUCUACGUUGGUCGAUGUUGGUGGAGGCAAUGGAACAGCUAUGAGCUUGUUGGUCAAGGAAUGUCCAUGGAUAAAAUGCAUCAACUUUGAUCUUCCUCAUGUUGUGUCCGAUGCCCCAGAUUUCGAUAGUGUCCAACACGUUGGUGGCGACAUGUUCAAGAGUGUUCCAAAUGCUGAUGCUGUUUUUCUCAUGAGGGUUUUGCAUAACUGGGGAGAUGAUGAGUGCAUUCAAGUAUUGAGGAAAUGCAAAGAAGCUAUCCCAAGUGACAAAGGGAAGGCAAUAAUUGUGGAAGCUGUGAUUGAUGAAAAACAAGAAGGCAAGCUUGAGAAGCUGAGGCUGGUGCUGGAUAUUACAAUGAUGACUCAUACUAACAAAGGAAAAGAAAGGAGCUUGGAGCAAUGGGAAUAUAUUCUUAAGGAGGCUGGAUUUAGCAGACACAUCAUCAAACAAAUUCCUGUUAUGCAAUCAGUGAUUGUGGCUUUUCCCUGA